AAAUGUUGAAUUGAAUAAAAAGCUAUCUUGGGCAUGUUACAACAGAUCCUGAGCAGCGCCGCGGUACUAGAAGCAGGAGGGACGAGAGAGAGAGAGAGAGAGAUGAACUAGAAAGGGCCAUCGUCGCAAGUUCUUAGAUAACAUUUGCAGUAAAAGGGAACACAGGCGAGAUGGAUGGGCAGAAUAUUCUAAAGGAAGGGCUGUUGGAGAAAAGGAGCGACGGGUUGCUGCAGCUUUGGAAGCGGAAAAACUGCGUGUUGACGGACGAAGGGCUUUGCAUCCACGACCCGAAGGCGAGCCGGUCCAAAUGCAAAGUGCUGGCGUUUGAGAACAUGAAGACGGUGGACUGCGUGGAGAGGAAGGGGAGAUAUGUCUAUUUCACCGUGGUGAUGGCAGACAGCAAGGAGAUUGACUUCAGGUGCCUGGAGGAGUCGACGUGGAACGCCGAGAUCACCCUGGGCAUGGUUCAGUUCAAGAACCGCCAGGCGAUCCAGUCUGUGAAAUCCAGACAACUGGCACACAUCUGCACCCCGACAGCUAUCAGCACCAUGUCCUGAUCCAAAGACACACACACACACACCCACACAAGGGGCAUUAGCAAUAUGCAAAAGCAGCGAACAAUUCUCAACCUGCGACCAAACAAGACUGAAUGUGACAGCAUUAAAGAUGUGUCUGCAGUCAACAUAAGAAUAUACAUCAGUUCAACCAAAUGACAAUCAUGAAUCACAGUGGAUUAUUUUUCAUGAGAUGGACUAGAAUAAUUUAGAGAACAGAUUCAUUAUUCACAAAAUGCUUCGAAGUCUUAAUUUUUUUAUUUAUUAAAUGACCAAUACUCAAAUGUAGUGAUGACUUCAUUAUUAGUCAUGCAUAAUACAUUGUAAAUUACUAUGCCUACUUUAUUUAUUUAGAUAUAAUGUCUUCACAUUGUGACUUUACUCUGCCAAAUGGAAAACCUUGCAAUCUGUAUGUCAAUUUUCUUUUUGUCUGUUAUGCUGUAAAUAAAAAAAUAGAUGACUAUGUACUGAAA